AUGCUUGACCUCACGAUCGCCUUGAAACCCAACUUUCAGCAUCCAGCAAAUCUUUCUCAUCCAUUCCCAGAUAUUGAUGAGGUUUAUCCAGUUAUCACUCUGUCCAAAUUGGCAACUCUGUUGCAGAUUCCAGUGUUUGAUAACUUAUAUUUGGACAUGAAUGGCAUCAUCCAUCUUUGUUCCCAUCCGGAAGAUGAUAAUCCACAUUUCAGAAUUACAGAGGAGGACAUUUUUAUUCAUAUUUUUCAGUACAUAGAAUUUUUAUUCCAAAUGAUUAAACCAUGUAAAGUCUUCUUUAUGGCCAUUGAUGGAGUUGCUCCUCGAGCAAAGAUGAACCAACAAAGAGGGAGACGAUUUAGGUCUGCCCGUGAAGCUGAAAAUUUGAUAAACCAAGCUAAAGAUCGUGGUGAAGUGUUGCCAACAGAAAAACGAUUCGAUUCAAAUUGUAUUACACCAGGAACUGAAUUCAUGGUUAAGUUACAGAAGCAGCUACAGUUCUUUGUUACACAGAAAGUCUCUACAGACCCUCUUUGGAAAGGAGUCGACAUCUACCUCUCUGGACAUGAGACUCCUGGUGAAGGAGAACACAAAAUUAUGGAUUACAUUCGGUCGUUACGUUCUAAACCUGAUUAUGAUCCAAACACACGGCAUUGCGUGUACGGAUUAGAUGCAGAUUUGAUUUUACUAGGGCUCACUUCACAUGAACCCCACUUUUCUCUGUUGCGGGAAGAAGUUCGAUUUGGUGGCAAGAGAGAUAAAACAAAACGUCCCAUGACGCCGAAAGAGACCACAUUUCUUUUGCUACAUUUAUCUCUGAUGCGAGAAUAUCUUUACUUUGAAUUUGCAGAUUUAGAGCAUAAAUUAUCUUUCCCAUUUGACCUCGAGCGGAUCAUCGAUGACUGGAUUUUCAUGAGCUUUUUAGUGGGGAAUGAUUUCAUCCCUCAUCUGCCACAUCUUCACAUUCACCAAGACGGUCUGCCAUUUCUAUGGCAGACAUACAUGCAAGUACUUCCUACAUGUGAUGGUAAGUCAGCCAUUAUCAUCAUCGUCAUUUACUACUUCUUUCUAUAUUAUCUACAGCGAGAGCUUGAAGAAUUUUUGAUGAAUGACGAUGACAACGAUGGCGAAUGCCUGGAGGAUAAUUUUGGAAAUUCAAAAGCUUCAGAAGCUGUUAGCAACUGUGAUCUAUCAGAAGAGGAAAGUUUCUGGGAAUACAAGAAAGACUAUUACAAAUCCAAAUUGAAUUACGAAGAAGUCACAGAUGAAGUCCUCAAAGAGCAAGCUUACAUCUAUAUCUCAGCGCUGCAGUGGAACCUCUAUUACUAUUUUGACGGUUGCCAAUCGUGGAGUUGGUAUUAUCCUCACCACUAUGCCCCAUUUAUGAGUGACCUAGUCAACAUCAAAGAUUUGAAGAUCAAACUGGACAUGGGCAAGCCAUUUUUACCUUUCCAGCAACUGAUGGCUGUCCUUCCUUCUGCCAGUAAGGAGCUUCUACCUCUUCCAUUGCAGGAUCUCAUGACCAAACAAAGCUCACCAAUACAGAAAUACUACCCAGAGGACUUCGACACGGAUUUGAAUGGAAAGCUGCAUGAAUGGGAAGCCGUUGUUCUCAUUCCGUUCAUUGAUGAAACAGAACUUUUGAAAGCCAUGGCAACUGUAGAAGACAAACUUUCACCUUCAGAAAAGGAUCGCAACAGACACAGUCCCCAUCAAUUGGAUCACAGUAUUGCAGAAGUUUACUGGAAUCGUGUCCAUUUUUACCGUUUCAGGUGUACAUAUGUGCCACUUGAUGCCUUCCAUACUCCAGUGAAUAAACUCAAGAAAAGUUUCCUCACAAACGACAAACAGAACGUCUACUUCCCUGGAUUCCCCACGUUUAAGCACAUCCGACACAGAGCAGAAUUAAAGAAAGAUGGCGUGAAAGUUUUCCAGUUUAACAGUAAACUCGAUAACAUGAUAGUCCAAAUAAUUGAGGAUUGGGAACAGGAUUUGAAAAGUAUUGCUACUGACAUCUUAGGAAAGACCCUUCUAGUUAACUGGCCCCAUUUAUUUGAAGUUAAAGUUCUGGUAGUUGCAGACGCUCAGAUGAGCUAUUAUUUGUCCAACCACUUUGAUGGCACCAUCAGGUGUGAGAAAUUUGAUGAACUUCACCAUAAACUUUGGCAACGGGAGGUCAACGCCAUUACGGAGAAUCUCUUCUCCACUGCUAUUUUUCUGAAACUUACCAGAUUUGUUGCUGGACCUGAUGGUAAACUCACUCUUCAGAAGCAGUUCUCAGAAAAAACUAUGCCUUAUGCCUUACAAGCCACUGUCAGGGACAUCAUUUCUGAAGAACCAGAGUAUUCUGAUGAAAAGGACAUUGACGAGGUGUUUGCAGUUGAUACUUCUGUUUUCAUGUUAAGUGGUACUUAUUAUGGUUUCCAUGGAAAAGUUUCAGAAGUCAACAAAGACCAAUGUACUGUGACCGUUUCUAUUCCUGUCCCCUAUGAACCCAACUUGGACAACAUCAUCCAUAAUCAACAGUUGUACGAGAAGCGGUAUUAUUCAGCGAACGAUGCAGCCAUGCGUUUGGGCAUCAGUAACUAUUUCCUGUCCCACAUUACCGAGUCGGUGUUCAUUGUGCGCCUCUCUCGCAACGGAUCAAACGAGCAGAAAGUCAACAUUGGCCUCGGUUUGAAAAUCCAUCGUAGAAGUGAAGCGCCAGGUUACACCAAAUUUAUGUUAGACUGCUGGCAUUAUUCCGAGAAGACAUUGGACUGUGUUCACCAAUAUUUGCAGAAGUUUCCAGAACUCUUUGAAAUCAUUUCAACUCAGGGACAUUCAUAUCAUGAUGCUUUGCCGGAAACCAAAGUCUUCAGCAACCUCAGGUACACUCUUCAGAACGUGUUAGAUUUUAUAAAGACUUUACCAUGCCAUAAUAUUAAACUUCUGAAAAGUGGUUCUAUGGUGCUCAAUGAAGGGGUUGUCGAAGCCAUUGCAAAUGUAGUGAGAAAGUUGCCGGACAUCAACAAAAAUGUAAAGACUGUUCAACAAACAGUGAAACCAGACAAUUUAUUUAAGCCCAUCGCAUCAGUGAGCAAUGUUAUACCUGAUUCUAAUGUGGAGUACAAGUUGUUUGACCGUAUUAUAAACAUCCGCAAAGGACUAGGGUCUCUGCCAUUUAGCUUGAGGGGGACGGUGGUUGGUAUCCAUCCAGGGGAUAAACCAUUCUCGACCAUCUACGACAUCCUGUUUGAUGAAGAAUUCUCAAAGGCUGUUGAAUUGGGCAAUGUACCGAACUGUGGCUAUCAUCUUACCACCCAUGAUAUGAUGAACUUGUCGUAUGGGAAGCAUCUAAACCAACCUACAAUGACCAGCCCAUUCCCAGCACGUACCUCCCAAUAUGCCAACCAGAACCAAUCCGCAAGGCCCACAUAUUCCGGUAAUCAGACCCAACGGAAAGUUACGGUGAACAACCAGAAUAACUCCAGACAUACUCCACAAACAACCACAACACCAACAACACCAGCUGAUCAGCACCACACCCAUCAGCAAGGUGACACAUUUCAUCCAAACUCAUUCUAUGACGGCGCCAGUCCUCAGUUUGUCACACCCAAGAUGUUUAGUCGAAAACAAGCCAACCCUAAACUGACUGACGACAAAGCUUCAGCUAAGGUCAGUUGUUUGUUUGUUGUCUCUCUCUCUUGCUUUUGUCUUUGGAAAUUCUAAUUUACACAUCGUAUC